AUAGGUCAUUCCGUUGAUUACAAUGGAACAAUUACUCUGGGUGAGCGGUCGCGUGAUUGGCGGGGUGGACACCUUCCGCAUUCCACUCAUCACUUACACUCCACGUGGACAUCUCCUGGCCUUCUCUGAGGCUCGCAAACAUUCUUCCUCUGAUCUAGGGGCAAAAUUCAUAGCUACUCGCAGGUCACAGGAUGGGGGUUACACCUGGGGGCCCACAGCUUUCAUUAUAGAUGACGGAUCUGCUGUAGACGGGCUGAACUUGGGUGCUGUUGUUGUGGAUGAUGAGACCAAAAACAUCUUCCUGGUGUACACGCUGUGUGCCCACUACCUGCAGUGUGGCGUCUCUAGUGUCAUGGUCACCAAUAGCUCUGAUGAUGGUAUUACUUGGAGUACACCGAGAAACCUCUCCUACGAAAUCGGCACAACAAUGUUCUCCCCUGGGCCAGGCUAUGGGAUACAGAAAAAGUAUGCACCAAUGAAAGGCCGCCUGAUCGUGUGCGGUCAUGGAACCCUGGAGGAGGAUGGAGUGUUCUGUCUACUAAGUGAUGAUCAUGGGAAAACCUGGAAGAAAGGUGGAAAUUUAGAGGGUCUGCCAUUCAAGCAGCGUAAAAUAAUUGGUGACUUCAGUCCUGAUGAAUGCCAGCCUUAUGAGCUUCCAGAUGGCUCGGUGGUAAUUAAUACCCGGAACCAGUACUUUUAUCACUGUCACUGCCGAAUCGUGGUGUUCUCCACCGAUGGUUGCGACUCUCUACCGCUGGAAAAUGUCCGCUUCGACGAAGGUUUGCCCGAUCCAGCCGUGGCUGCCGGAGCUUUGUUUAAAGGUGGAGUAACCUACUUUGUGAACCCAGCACACCAGACUCAACGUGUAAACCUCACCCUACGUUGGAGUUUCAACUCUGGGUACUCGUGGGAACAGAACGCCUUUCAGAUUUGGCCGGGACCUAGUGGAUACUCCGCUCUCACCACCCUCUCCCAUAGCAUUGAAGACAAUGCGAACCUCUUUAUUGUAUAUGAGAAAGGAAGACAAGAAAUUACAGAAUCCAUCUCUUUUGUUAAAGUUAAUCUCUACAGCAGUCUGUGA